AUGUAUGCUCGAGAGUGCAUUCCUAUCGAAGUUGUUAUGUGUAAACGGUUUGAAGACGGGCUGAAUGAGGAAAUCAAGCUUUUAGUCAGAAUUCUUGAAUUGAAAGAAUUUGUUGUUUUAGUUGAUAGAGCUCUCAAAGAUGAUAAGCUUAGUAAAGAGGAAAGAAGAGCUGAUUCGGAGGCUAGAGAUUCAAGAAAGAGGAUGGAUGAUAGAGCUUGUUUCAGAUGUGGCUCACAGGAACAUUUUAUUCGGGACUGUCCUGAGUUAUCUGAAAAAGACAAACUCCAGACUGUUCGACCCAACAAUACAGCUGCAAAACGGAGACCACCUCAAAAUCCCAAAAAUAUAAGUGGUAGUCGGGGUGUAACAAAAAAUUCUACUGUGAGAUCCGAGACACGGGGGCCAGCCAGAGCUUAUGCUAUUCACGCACGCGAAAAUGCUUCGGUGCAAGAUAUUAUUACCAGUAUUUUUUCUCUCUAUAAUACUAAUGUAACUGCUCUGAUUGAUCCUACAUCAACCCAUUCAUAUGUUUGUACAAAUUUAGUGUCUAGUAAGAGUUUACUUGUUGAGUCCACUGAAUUCGUGGUUAAAGUAUCGAACCCCUUAGCUUAG